UCAGAUUGCUGUCUCCCGUCAGAUACAGGAUCAUGUUUUGCUUUAUUUAAUCGCUUCUACUACGACAAAGUCACCAAGAGAUGCAAAAAGUUUAUCUACGGUGGAUGCGCUGGAAACGGAAACAACUUCACCUCUAAGAAGAAGUGUAAGAAAACUUGCCGGAAUGUACAGUGCUAGAGAUGGAAUUGCUGAGCAAAUAUAGUUUACCUUGGUAAGCCAUGUUUUAAGAUUUGCUGUCCUUCUGAACACAAUAAACAUUGCUGUAAACGUAACACGUUCACAACAAAGCAUAACAUUGUUCCACAUAUUAUCACAUAGAUCAGUCGCUAUUGACUCUUAAGCGUCAAUUUUCGUUUCGUUUAGUCGGUCUGUUUGUUUUUAAGUAUGGUACGAUUCUCUAAAAAACGCUUUGUCGUCCAUUGGGUUCAUAAGGGCGUUUCAGAAGUGUAGAAAGAAUGAUGGAAAUGGUGGAUUUAAUAGUGCUAAGUUGAAUUAUACAAGCAUUUUAAUUGGUUAUCACUUAUGAUCUAUUAUCGAAUAGACACAUAAGUGACGUCAUCGUUAACAACAUUUUGCCUCGUUACUAUUUAAAACAAAUAAACUCCAUGUUGCCGUGGGUCUACCAUGUUUUUUACUAACUGGUUUCCUCUUUAUUUCAGGGCUAGAGAAGAAUUCUGAUAACCGUAGUGCAUUUUGAGUGCUUUUAAUUAUUUACCGAGAGUUUCCUGAAAUAAAGAUGUCUACAGCUUAUGAUGAUUGCUUUGUAUUAACUAAUUGUUCUAGCUGUGAGACUAUUUCUUUAAAUAGUAAAUAAAAUAUUGUGCUUUUGCUGUUUAGUUAAGUGCAAAGAGUUCGCAAUUUUCACAUUAAUUUGCAACGCUAUACUUGAAAUUUCUCAUUUUGACGAACUAACAACAUUCUUCAUCAGUAUGUACCACACAAGUGAAUAGUACUUUUCGCGCGCACUAUUUGCCAAAUUCGGAAAUGAGUAGCAAGUACUGUUCAUCUCCUCUUCGUUGAAUAAUUGUUAAUUACAUACGAUAAAUUAUGCUUCUUCAAAGUACACAGAUUCGACGGUUUUUAACAUUUUUACUUUCAAAAAUAAAAUGUUUCGUCAUCUUGAACAACUCCACACGGAAGUAAACGUCCGUGUUCUGGACUUCAUUUUGAAAAUAUGCGCCAAUCACAGCCCACGCGGGCCAUCACGUAACCCGUCCCAGAAGCCAUUGUGCCGGAAGUAUAUCCUGCGGCUUUAAAAGUUGAAAAGAGGAAAUAACGUAUCAAAGAGUGUAGCGAUUUCACUAUAGUGAUUGCACGCACUUCGGAGUUGAGUUAAUAUACCUCUACCUUCUUGCACCAUGCUGGUACAUCUUCUCUUUAUCUGUUUUUUUCUAAUUGUUACUGCAACCACGGAAGGUAAGCAAGUUGCUUAAUAUCUCUUUUUCCGUUGUUGCCAUUGACGAGGAAAUCAACACGUCAUCUGUUUUAUAAGCUCAACCGAUAUCAUUUCUUGUCCAUUAUACAGAUAGUUCAUCACUUACAUCAACUGAACCAGGACCUAAGAAAGUCAAUUCGCCAGGUAUGUAAAAAUUUUUUUAAGAAAACCAUUCAAUCACUUACUUUCAUUUCUUAACAAGCUUUUUAACCCAGAGCAGCUAAACGCCAUUGCUUAAGGAAAUUUCCUUAAACUCUUUCAUUAUUGACGUCGCUAAUAGUGAAGAUUCAUUAUUCGGUAAAUUUUUUCCUCAUCUACUAAAGAAACUACGUUCAAGGGCUUGGAUAUUUUCAAAAGAAGGGUAUUUAAACCACUAAUGUAGACAAAUAAUAUUUUUCGUCUGUGUAGGAUCAACUCUAGUUAUGGCUUCAGCGAGAAGGGAAGAAGUUAUGAAUGGCGCCAUAAACAAAACGUCGUCCCAGUGUCUAAGCCCUUUAACCCUUACGAGAAACUGGCCUGGCUUCAAAUUUCUCCUAAUAGAUCACCCUUGAAUUAAAAGCAAAGGUUAUAAAAAAAAAGGAAAAUGAUCACCAAUUUGAUAAGCUCUUGAUUGUCAAACAAAUUCUCCUUGUCGGUACGACAGGAAAUGUAAAGAGAACAGUGUGGAGAAUAUAAGAACUAAUGCUAGACGUAAAUGGUUAAUACUCAAACAAUAAAAUAGAUUAAACAGAUGAUAACAUUAGUUUCUCUCGCAAACUCUACUCUGCGAAAUACUGCGAAAAGUCUUAAUCAACUUAUUACAAUUAUUGUUAUUUUAAGUAACUUAAAGGGAGAUGACAAAUCACUGGACUCGUACAUUUGCGCUCUUGACUUGCAUGAGGUCAAAACGGCUAGAUAUUCGUCUCGGAGCAUGAUAAGAAAAAAAUUAAAAUAUUCUCAACAAGAAGCCUGAAAUCCGGUCACUUUGACAUGCAUGAUAAGCGAGAGCAAUGAAUAGUUCUUUGACUGAAAGCAAAAAAAACCUCUUGAUAGUAGUUUUCCUGUUUUCGUGUUUGUCUAUGAACAUGAACAGUAUAAUUUGUAAGCCGAUUAUAGUUGUGUAGUCAUCCUUUUUGAGAAUAAAAUUGUGAACGCGAUGGGCUGUGUCAAAUAGAAUGUUAGCAUUGAGGGCUGUAGUGGUUCAGUAUCUUUGACGUUCAAUAGAGACAUCACAAUAAAGCUAACUUUGAAUAUCAAUCUUUUUGAAUGCAUUCUCUUUAGACUCGACGCCAAGAAUUUUCUGUUGUCUCCCGAAGUUCACAGGACCUUGCAGGGCUGCGUUUAUACGUUACUACUACGACAAAGUCACUAAAAAGUGCAAGAUGUUUACCUUCGGUGGAUGCAUGAACAAUGGAAACAACUUUAAAACCCUUGAAGAAUGUCAGAAAACUUGUCGUGAAACAAAAUGCCCACCGAUCGAAUAG